AUGUCAUCGUCAUUCUUCACAGCUGGUUCAAAAAUUUUCAGCGAACUUUGGGGCAAUAUCUAUCUUGCUGAAAUCAAAACAGUCAAUAACGAAAAUCCUAGAGAUCCUAUCUACACAAUCCACUACUUGACAUGGGAUGAAUCACUUGAUGAAACUGUAAAGCACAGUGAAAGCACUUGUAAAAUCGCCAAAUCAAGUCUAGAUGCGCUAGAUGAAGCAAGACAAUUAAUAAUGCAAAGUUCUAUAACAGAGCAUAGCUCAUCAGAGGCGAAAGAAAGAUGUUCAGCGGUUUAUUUGAGACCUCCUUCACCAGAAGUUCAGUUACUUCUCCUCAGACAUGAAAUGAAAAUGCUCAGAGAGAUAUAUGAUGCAGAUUUUCAUGCGAAAUUCGAUGAAUUGAACCCAUUUACGGAGGAAAAUCAGAAAAAAUUGCUUGGAAAUUACACUUUCGAACAUUACAUGGCGAAUUUGAAUAAACCAGUAAUCCCGAAACCUGUUAAUGAGGAACUGAAGAACAAACCGAUUGAUGAAUGGACUUUUGAAGAUUUGUAUGGGGAAUUCUUGUGAAAUGAGAAAUGAGGUAGGCUUUUGUUUUUUUUUGGAGUUAACAAUGAAAAAUUGUGAAUUUCAGAAUCUUCUGUCAAAAAUAUGCUAAUCUACUACAUAUCAAUCAAUACUUUCAUAAUUAUUUUUAAUUUAAAUUAUUUUUUCAAUCAAUAAAUAAAUUUUGUGGGAUCAGAUUAAUCUACUUUUGUUUGGAAUUUAAAAAUUUCUAAAUCUGAAAUUCCGUGCUGAAAUCAUUUCAAAGGAACAUACAUAUGUUUUUCCCAAAAAAAUCCUCUGCAGUUUCUGAAUCAGGAACUAACUCAAAAAAAUUUUAAAAAAAUUUAGCGCCAAGAGAGAGAGAGAGUGUGUUGCACACGGAGACGCAGAGAAACACAUUUUUUUCUAUCGAAAGCUUUUCUAAUGCCCAGGCUGAAACAGACCAAAAAACUAGAAUUUUCAAAUUUUCCAUCAUGAAAAUCUUGGGCUGCAAGAAACUGCAAUCAAAUUAUCGAUUUUUGAGAAAUUUGACAAGAUUUUGGACUUAUUUUUUUGAAGUGCCAUGAAAAUCGAUUGAUUUGAAUCAAUUUGUAUUCAAAAGUGUAUCUCCUAGUUUAUUGAAACACAGCUCCAAACUACUGUACAUCUGGUUUUUACACGGUGUUUCACUGUUUUUUUUUUCGAACUUUGAAAAUUUCAUAAUAAGAAUGAGAGAGAGAGAGAGAGAGCAGAAAUGAGAGACGCAGAGAAAAAAAAUUUACCUGAUGAAUUUCGUUGAAUCUCACUUCGAAUCUCUUGAUGUUCUUCUUGCAAUCGCAAAUUCUGCUCGACACCGUGAACUAUCAAAAAUCCUUGCCAGCUUGUUUUUUCUUCAAUGAAUCCUUGAAGUGCUGCAAAAAUAUCAAUUAACCAAUGGCAAAAUCCGAACAAAAAUAUCAAAAAAAAAAAUUACCUGAUAAGCCAAGCUUUGUCGAGUUACUCCAAGUCCACUCAAACAAGAAGAAAAAAUGGCAUGUGCGAUGAGAGAGUAGGAGAAAUAGCGAGACGCAGACAGCCAGCGCAUGGUACAACCAAAAAGAGUUGUUGUUCCCUACAGUGUAGUUGUAGGGAAGAGGAGAAAAGAGACAGAGACAUUUAUCCAAAUUGUUGUGUAUAUGGUUGACCUGACCCCGGAGGAGUUUAUUGAUUUUUUUUGCAGGUGUUUUUUGUUGUGAUAGUCUUUUGAUUCUUUUUUGAUUGUAGAUUCUAGGGUUUAUGCUCAAUGAGCAUUGCUCAUGAAUCCCCAUAGGCCUUCUGAAACCCCCAUAGGCCUACUGAAUCCCCCAUAGGUCUUCUGAAUCCUCCAUGUGCCUUCUGAAUCCUUUUCAUAUCUUCCCUCUCUUCAUCCAAAAAAACAAAAUUCAAACCGCCGCCGCACUCUCCUCAUUUGAAUUGCCGCCGCUGCGGUCUUCCCCUCGAGACCCAAGCCACGCCCACUCCCCUACAAAUUAUUUUUCUCUCUCCUAAAAUCACUUCUUUUUCUCAUUUUCUCUCAUUUUCGCUCAUUUUUGUUGGUUUUUUUUGCUUUUGCUUUUGCUUUUCGUUGUUUCUUUCAUAAAUUUGUAAUUUAAUAAUUGUUUUGCAGCUCCGUCUUCGAUUUCUCCUGUUUUUUGCCACCGGAGAAGACAGCCGCCUCGCCAUCAAAGGAGACAAAGGUUAGUUUAUUUUCUUUGGGAGUUAGGAAAAAUUAAAAAAUGUCUUUAAACUUUUGUUAAAUGCUUUCGAAUUUGAACUUGUUGUUCGCGAAAAGAUCAGUUUUAUACGAAAAUUCAAAUGAUAUUUAGAAAUUUUGAAUUAUCUGAACAAUAUUGAUUUUCGAAACAUUUCGAAAUGUUUCGAAAAUCACUUUUUGGGAGAUGUGAGUCUUGAUUUGUCUUUAAAACGCAUUUUAGUGUUCAGAAAUGUCAUUUCAAGCUCUUUCAAUGCAUUUAAAAUACAAAUCAAGCCUCACAUCUUCUAAAAAAAUGAAAUUAUUAAUUUUCGAAUAUUUUCGAAACAUCAAAAAUUUGCUUUUGAAGUCUUGAUUUGUCUUUUAGACCCACUGAAAGAGCUUGGGAUGUCAUUUCUAAACACUAUUCUAAAAGAUCUAUAUAGUUUUACCAGAUUUUCAAAUAUUAGCCAGAAUAUAUUUUUUUUUCAAAUAUAACUACAAACAUAUUUUCAGAAUUCACGAAAUCGAACAAGAAUUGAUCCAAAAACAAGACAUCGAUUUGUUUGUGACUUUUACGAAUUUCGAGCUAAUUCAACUUCAUGUUGCCAAAAUUGGUUGGAGCGAAUGCUCAAAAAUUGGACAUGGAAAUGGUGGAUCGAAUUGGAUGGGCGGCCAUUAAUCAUAUCAAUCAAUUUGAAAAUUUAUUGUUGGACAGUGAAAGAACUAGAAGAGGAAAACGAAUGAUAAUGGAAUAUGAGCGAACUUUCACGGAUCUUGAUGAACAACAGGAAAAAUUGAAAAAGUCCAACAAAUUGUGAGUUUUGAAAUUUAGAAAUAGUUUAACUUUAUGUUUUCCCCCCCCCCCCCCCAUAGGCCUUCUGAAUCCUCCAUGUGUAUUCUGAAUCCUUCAUGUGUCUUCUGAAUCAUUCUCAUAUCUUCCCUCUCUUCAUCCAAAAAAAAACAAAAUUCAAACCGCCGCCGCACUCUCCCGAUUUGAAUUGCCGCCGAUGCGGUCUUCCCCUCGAGACACAAGCCACGCCCACUCCCCUACAAAUUAUUUUUCUCUCUCCUAAAAUCACUUCUCUUUUUCAUUUUCUCUCAUUUUCGCUCAUUUUUUGUUGGUUUUUUUGCUUCUUCUUUUGCUUUUCGUUGUUUCUUUUAUGAAUUUGUAAUUUAUAAAUUGUUUUGCAGCUCUUCUUCGCCUGCUCCGAUCGUGUUAUGUUCAACAUGCCACCCAAGAAGGUCAACAACACCAAUGCCGCCGCCAAGUCAAAGGAGUCCAAGGUUAGUUUAUUUUCUUUGGGAGUUAGGAAAAAUUAAAAAAUGUCUUUGAACUGAUAUUUAGAAAUUUUGAAUUAUCUGAACAAUAUUCAUUUUCGAAACAUUUCGAAAUGUUUCGAAAAUCACUUUUUGGGAGAUGUGAGUCUUGAUUUGUUUUUUGAACGCAUUUCAGUGUUUAGAAAUGGCAUCCCAAGUUCUUUCAAUGAGUCUAAAAAACAAUACAAGACUUUAAAUUCAAGUUGUUGAUUUUCGAAAUGUUUCGAAUAUUUUUGAAAUGUUUCGAAAAUCACCACUUUCAUUAUUUGGAAAGAUGUGAGUCUUGAUUUGUCUGUAAAACGCAUUUUAGUGUUCAGAAAUGUCAUUUCAAGCUCUUUCAAUGCAUUUAAAAUACAAAUCAAGCCUCACAUCUUCUAAAAAAUGAAAUUAUUAAUUUUCGAAUAUUUUCGAAACAUUUCGAAAAUCAACAAUUUGAUUCUGAAGGCCUGAUUUGUCUUUUAGACCCACUGAAAAACCUUGGGAUGUCAUUUCUAAACACUAUUCUAAAAGAUCUAGAUAGUUUUACCAGAUUUUCAAACAUUAGCCAGAAUAUAUUUUUUUUUCAAAUAUAACUACAAACAUAUUUUCAGAAUUCACGAAAUCAAACAAGAAUUGAUCCAAAAACAAGUAAUCGAUUAUAAUGUGACUUUUCCGAAUUUCGAGCUAAUUCAACUUCGUGUUGCCAAAAUUGGUUGA